UAAAAAAUAAGUGUUAGUAAUUUAAAAAAAAAUAAAAGUAAAAGUAUAAUAAACAAUGCAGAUAAAGUGGUAAAUGAAAACCCGUUACUUUAAAUAGCAAAACAAACAAAAAAUAACAAAAAUGUGAAUUUAGACGAAUCGCAGAACUUAAAGCCAGCUGCUGCAUAAGUACAAACAAAACAUGGCCGCCAGGAUGUACAACAAAUACAGCAACUUCUAGCAGCGACCUCAACCACACGCACACACACACAUUUACAUAUGAGGCACCCAUACAGAUGUACAAACACACGCAACACGAACGCAGGCAGACGGCAUUUAAGUUGCUGGAUAUUGGAUUUUAAGAUACUAAGGAAGGCGGCGCCAUGCUUAAAAGCAAUCAGUUAGAAUAGAGCACCAAGACUGUGGCAAGUGUGGAACGGAGAGACGCAUUUGGGACAGAGACUGAAUUUUUAAACAACUGAAACAAUGUUGGACUGAGUGGAAAACUAUCAAAUUGAGCAUCUGAGUAGAAGGUGGAAACUGAGACUAGAUUUGGGAUUUUGGAAUAUUAUAUUAAAAGAAGCAGCAGCAGCAGCAGCAGCAACGACAACGAGAGUCUGUUGGGAGCGUGGUGGGCGAUCUGCAGUUUGGUUACGUUACUCAGCUUUGCGUCAGUAAGCUUUCGACAGUUGACAACGCGAGACGUGUUAACGCGUACGGCAGUUGAUAACCGACGGCAACGCGUCGCGUCUGUCGGCGCAGUCGACGUAAAUGCUAAAAAAAUUUAGAAAUAAAGUAAAAAAAAGACGCAUCGUAAAAAAAAACAUACAGAAGCUAAAAUGCAACGCACUAAUAUUGAGUUCGAGCGUCAACGUCAUCUGGCCAAUUGGCUUGUGAAGAGCAGUCCGCACAUGGCAGCUGCUGCAGCAGCGGGCGCAGCACCACCCACGGCAGGAGUUGCCACUGGAGCUGCUGCAGCGGUUGGCGCAGCUGUUGCUGGCGGAGGAAGUGUGGCAGCUGCAGUACAAGGGGCGCCCAGCAACAGCGCUACUGUCGCUUGUAACGGUGCCCCACCUGGUGUACAUCACGGCCACAAGGCAGCGGCGUUCGCUGCUGCUGCAGCCGCCGCCGCCGCAAUAGCUGCUGUCGAGGCGCGGAAUCCGAAGUUGCGUCGCUUCAACUCCCACGACACCAGCUCCAAUAUGUUCUCUGUGGCAGAUUUUGAAAAUGCGCGACUGGCGCGUCGUAAUGAGAUUGAGUUGAAGCAGCGGCUGGCACGCAGGCAGCGCAAUAGCGCUAAUGGCAGCUACGGCUUAGCCAGCAGCAGCUCUAACAACAACAAUAUCAACAAUACAGGUGUCUAUAUGGGCAGCACUAACGCGGGCUACAGUGGCUUCUGUGGUGGACUUAAUGGAAGCGGCGACUACUCUACUGGCGACAGCAAGAACUCCAAGUGCAGCAGCAGUAGCGAGCAGGAUCCGAUGCCUGCUGAAGUGUUUUUGGAGCGGUAUUCGUUGCCGCGAGUGGUGCGAAUCUUAUACAGCAGCAAGAGUUCCAAUGAGACUCUUCAGUCUAGCUCAUCCCAUGGCUCCUCAACAGCUGCAUCGAGUAACUCAUCGACAGGCGUGAAGCAACAGUCACAAUUGCAGUUGCAGUCCCAUUCGCAGCAGCAGGUGAAUGAGCCUGGCACCAAUUCAACUUCUAGCGCCGGCAGCUGCCCACAGCCUGGCCACGAUGAGCUCUUUCUUCUCUAUAGGCUAGUGCGUCAGCGUAUUAUCUAUCAUGGCCACAAUGCGAAGACGCAGCGCAAAAAGUGGGUGCUCAUACCCCAGGAGUUUCCAGGGUAUUUUUCGCUGCUAAACGAAAAGGGACUGCCGACAGCCACGCAGUACGUCUCACUAAUGCAGUUGGUGCGAGAGCGCGUCUACAAGUUUGCCUCGGUGGACAAUAUGCCCGCCUUUACAGAGUCCUCUCCGCCCGGAGGUGCCAACGGGGCAACCAGUCCCACCCACGAGGGCUGCUUGCCCAGCAUCAAACAAAGGCCGCAGUACGUGAAGACGACGGCCAGGGGCGGGCAGGUGUUUCGGUUGCUCGCUGUAUUUGAGGACGGCAAGCAGGAGCAUCACGGUAUGCAGCAGCAACACCAUCAGCAUCAUCACCAGGCGAGUGUCUUGAACAGUAUGUCCAAGUCGAAUUUAAUAGCGGGCCGGGACAAGGAGAAGGGACGCUAUGCACAGCUGCUGAACGAGCAAAGGCAGGUGAUGUAUGUGCCGCUGGCGACCAAAGGAAAGUUCUACGAGAUAGAGCCGGGCAUACCGCAGUUGCUUCAAAAGAUGGGCGACACGCAGCGUAAGCUGAAUCCUGAGUGUGUAUAUAGACUAGGAGUGUUGGUGGCAGCGGCUAAGCAGUUGCCUCUAACGCUGCGCUACAUUUCGGGACCCGCUGGCGCUGAAAUCCCUGAGCAUCUGUGCAUUAGUCGUGUGAGUCGGGAAGAUGUCAUCAUUGGCUGUCCGCUGGAGGAGUUGGAUGGAAGUGGUCAGGUGCAACCGCAACAGCAGCAUCAGCUUCAGCUGCGUAAACUCUAUGUCAGCCGAGAGAUGCAGCUGCUCAAGUGCUUACUGGGCUUCGAUACGGAACAGCGCAUGCUGGCCAAUGCUCAAGUGCAAAACAUUCUGAAGUUUUGUCAAUUCAAUUGCGAUCAGUUUCUCAAGCUGGUGGAGAUUGAGCUGAUGCAGCCGAACGAACGCUCGAGCAGCAAAUCGCGUGAAGGCCUCAAAAUUCUAAAGCCUUUGCAUUUGCCCAAGUUGUUACGCCGCGAGAAGAGCGGCAUGACAGCCACGGCGGCUCAUGAGAAGGAAGAUUCCAUCAUUUUUCUAAGCAAAACGGACUUGGAGCAGCUGGAGGCUAAGGAGGCGGCGGCAGCAGCUGCAACAGUUAGCGAAGCAUCCAGUCAGAUCGCCUCUAACCGCAUUUCGGAGCGCAUGAAGGUAUUUCAGUCCACCAAAAAGAAAUGGUUUCGCAAGCAGGAGCAGCAGCAACAGCAGCAGCAGCUGGAUAAAUCCCAGACGGAACUCCAGCUGGAUGUGCAGGCCAAACGCUUGAGUAUGGAGCGCUAUACGGAUAUGUCAAAGCUGUUGCAGGAGCGCUUUGGUAAUGAGGAAGCACUUGUUACUUCGGCUGACACUCAAUCGCUUCACAGCGAAACGGAGACUACGACACUAAGCCAUAGCAUAGAACGUAGUUCGAUGCCCAAGUCCUUGGAUACCCUGCUUCAGAAAUCGAUGUCCCUGCAGGACAUUGAGCUGCUGAAUGGACAGCGUGAACAGCAUCGACCAGAUCUGCUCUCAGCGCACACGGAUGCCAUUAGCGAAGCUGGCAAUGAAUUGGAGGAUGUGGAGAAUCAGACACCACCACCGCAAUCCUUCAUCACGGAGAAGCUUUACAAUGAAUUUCAUGUGAAAACACGUCAGUACAGCAAAUCUUCCGGUAGUUUGCACCAGUUGCGACAUUUUUCGCUGCCCCAAAAGAUGCAGCUUCACGAAUCGGAGCCCGAGAAGCGUAACCAGACGCAAUUCCGUGCCCAGCAACAGCUCCAGUUGGGCAAGGAGCCCAUCACAGGACGACGUGCAGCAGGUGGCGUUUCCUUGCUAGGCGGCUUGGUUGCCCUCUCGCCUGCACCACUGGUUUCGCCCACUUCUUUGGUGGAAGAUGAUCUACCGUACUCCAGUGUACGUGACUCUCUGGUCAUGUCUAGUUUGGAUAGCUCGGAGCAGCAGAGGGACUCAGCGCCCAUUAUGCCUGCUGCCUUGGACUAUGCUAAGGAAAAUAUCUAUGCCGAGAUUUGCGCUUCGCACACCUGUGAUAGCUUCUCGGGUGCUACUCAACUGACCCAGUUGCCACCACACCAUAACGAUAAAGCGGAUGAUGGAGCUGAUGCAGUGGAUGAUGAUGGGGACUACGCCUCGCUCAAAUAUCAGCCGAACGGAUCGCAAUCUGUCAGUCGGGUGGAUAUUAACUGUCCCGCUGCUAACAACGCGAUCAGCUAUCACACGGUAUACCUAGGCGAGGAGCCACUCGGGGAGCAGCAUGUGACCACCGUGGAGCUAGCUGGCGAAGAUAACAUAUACCAUACGCUCAAAUGAUGAUUCUUGUGAUUUCGGCACCGACGCUUAGCCGGCGCCCAAGAGUUAAUCUGAAUGUGAAAGGACAAUGCGAAUUCUAGAAUAUAUUUAUAUGUAUAUCUAUUUUAUUUACAAAGCACUCGUAAAACGAACAAAACUGAAAAAUAAUACACAUAUAUACAUACAAUUUAUGUAAAGCAAAACCUCUAUAGAGCAGGCAACAUUAGAAAGACCCAUAUAGUAAAUAGGUGUAGAGUUACCCAACUGGGGAAAAAAGUAUUUCCAAGAAAAAACCCAAUUUGGUACUGUAUUAAAGGAUACAAAAAAAAACUAAAAUGUAAAAAGUUUCGGAUAUGUUAUGUUUCUUUGUUUAUGCGAAAAUUGAAAAAAGGAAGGAAGAGUCAAUUUGU